AUGGAUAAAACCCAAUCUUUAAUACUAUAUAAUCAUCCUCUAGUAAUACCAGCACAAUUCCUAAAUGACAAUUGCAAUGUUUCUUUGAGCUCCCUUCUUGAAAAGUGCUUAAAGGGCGGUUGGUUGAGAAAGUGGCCCAGAUCUUUGCCCUUGUACUCAAAUUUUACAAACCAUCUUGAAAAAUGUUGCGACACUAGCAGUAUUCGCAAGUGGUAUUCGUGCCAGGGCAGAGGUGGAGCCCAUAAACGAUUUUUCUGGAUCGAACAACUAACUUCAGGCCAAUGGGCCCUUAGGUGGUUAUCCAAUCGCAAACGUUCGUCAGAAUCACUGAUCCUUUUAGCCAAUGUUACAUCUAUUUCCAGGGGCUGCGACACUGAAUAUUUGGAUAGCCAAACAAUUAUUGGAUGUGAUGUCAACUGCAUUUUUACAUUAUCGAGUGAAACUUCGAUGCAACUGGAAGCUGAAUCCGAACAAUCAACUUAUGAAUGGAUCACUGCUAUAUCAAUUGUCACCUAUGCUUCCAGGGCUAACUUGACUUAUCCAUAUUUAAAAGAUGUUAAUUUUGAUUUUAGCGACAAAAAGGAAUGUAUUGAAGUUAUGAAACGAAUGGAAAUUAUAUCUGAUCCCGCAAGAUGUAGGCAUUUGUGGAGGUGCAAUUCCGGGCUUUCCGACAUAUCACUUCCAAAAAUAGAACCGGAAACCUCAAAUUGCAAGAUGUCUAAUGUAGAAAAUUUAGAACUUAAAAAUGGCAAAAAUAUCGCUGAAACAUCACCUAAACGUAAUUACUAUGAACUAUUACGAAAUAUAAUAACGGAUCACACAAUUAACACUAUUCUAUUGGAAUCCAAUUUUAUUAAUGGAUAUAAUAACUGCGAUCAUACUGAUUCACAAAAUAAGGAUAAUCAUUACAAAUAUUGUGAUGUAAUUAGUAAUGAUAAAUAUCAGGAUUUCUCAUCCACAAUCCAAAAAUCUAAAUUAUUACACCAAGGAAUAUCAUUAUUAAAUGUACAAUCUCUGAAUACGCCUUUUGUAACUACCGAUACCGAUGGUAAAUUUUGUAAAUUGACAACACUAGGAUUUCACUGGUUGAUGAAAAGAUCUGAAAAUAACAUAGUUUCACAAAUAAAUUACCAUGAUAUUUGUGAUAAAACGCUAUCCCAAUUUCUAGUGGCCAGCAGUCACAACACUUACUUGAUUGGAGAUCAAAUAGGGGGAUCAGCCGAACCAUCAGGCUUGGCUUCUGCAUUACUUAGGGGAUGUAGGUGCAUUGAACUAGAUGUUCAAGAUGGACCUGAUGGAGAGCCACGCCUUUACCAUUCACUUGUGGGAUAUAAGCUAUCUGGAUACUUUACAUUGAGAGAAUCAUUGGAAGCCAUUAAAUCAUCCGCUUUCAUAGCUUCCAAAUUACCUGUAAUACUAUCAAUCCAGAUGAAGUCAUCUGAUGCUCAAAAAUACACUGUCUACAAUAUCUUUACCGCAAUAUUGGGCGAUUCAAUUUAUGUACCAAGGCACAGAUCACAGGUGGCAAAUACACCAAUAUCUGAUUUAUGCUACAAAUUUAUUAUAAAAGCUAAGCUAUUUCCUCAAAACAUGCUUCAACAUUCACCUGGACAAAAAGCAUGGGAGCGGAUAGUGGCCCUUGAAGGCAUAUCAUUGUCAAACCGUGAAAGUGUUGAAUGUAAAAUUAUGCCAUACCACGUCUGCUCUAUGAGCGAAAAUCAUUUUUUACGCCUACUCAAGUCUCCUGAAAAAUUAUCACAACUUUCCAAUGCAUGCUUUGUAAGAUUAUAUCCUAGUGGCACCAGGAUUACAAGCACUAAUUUUUGUCCCUUAAAUCCAUGGUCGUUGGGUAUACAUUUCGUCGCACUAAACUACCAAUCAUGCGAUAGAUCUAUGCUAAUAAAUCAGGGAUGGUUUACUAAUUCACUUGGGUAUAUCCCUAAACCAUUGGACGCUUUUGCACCCAUGGAUUUGUCAUUGCACAUCCUUUCAGCAACACAAUUACCUUUAUUGACUAUUGGCACCAAUCGCGGUAUUGCCGAAGAUACUAAUUUAUUCGUCACAAUAUCUGUAGUGUCUAAUGGCUACAGAAAUGAAAAUAAUUGUGUGUACAAAACAUCAACAGUGUACAUUAAAAAUGACUCUUGUGAUCCUAUAUGGGCUGACACAACUCCUCCAAUAAAUAUUCACGUUGAAAGGCCAGAAUACACAGUUUUGGUGUUACAGCUUAAAAAUGGCGAAGCUAUCGGUUCAGGUGUACUGAUUGGCCAGGCUUCGUUUCCAGUGUAUCGCAUUUUACCAGGCAUUAGAUGGGUACCCCUAUUGGACCGUAGACUUAGGCCAAUUUCUUGUUCGGGUAUAUUGGUCGAUACGAAGAUAGUCGCUGGAUGUUGA